AUGUUGGGACUUAUAGUAUAUGUUAAGAAAUACACUGAAGACCACGAGUGGAUUGAGAUGGAUACUGAUGGUGUCACCGGUACGAUGGGAAUCACCGAGUAUGCCGCAAAGGCUCUCGGCGACGUGGUCUACGUCGAGCUGCCCGAGAUCGAUCUUGAGGUUAGCAAAGGAGAUGUCAUCGGCGCAGUCGAGUCGGUCAAGUCGGCGUCCGACAUCCUCACACCUGUCUCGGGCAAGAUCAUUGAGCACAACAGCGUACUGGAAGAGAAGCCGGCUACAAUCAACAAAGGGCCCGAAACAGAUGGCUGGCUCGCCAAGAUUGAAAUCACGGAUGCCAAAGAGCUGGAGGGCCUGAUGUCCAAGGAGGACUAUGAUAGCUUCGAGAAGGAGUAG